AUGCUGGGAAAGAUCGUUCUUGAGGAAGCGUAUGAACGCGCCGGUCGAGAGGAAUUCUCUCGUCAGCUAACGAAAGAGUACAUGGCUCCUGCUGGCCGUGAACUCUACAUGCGAAGGAUCCAUGAUAUCAAAGGUGAGCGCCUUCGUCUCUCUGACGCCCACGGCAUUGGCUACACGAUUCUAUCUCAGACGGUCCCUGGAAUCCAAGGAAUUACCGAUCCAAUUGAAGCAGCCAAAGAGGCUACCCUUACCAACAACUGGCUCGCCAACGAGAUCAAGGGCCAUCGAGACAGACUGGGUGCUUUCGCGUCUUUAUCUAUGCACGAUCCAACGCAAGCUGGGCAAGAGCUCCGCCGCUGCGUUUUGGAGCUUGGCUUCCACGGGGCGCUGCUGAAUGAUUUUCAGCACGCUGGCCCAGAUGGCGCUACCUACCUUUUCUAUGACCAGCCGCACUAUGAUGCAUUCUGGAAAGUGGUCGAGGAGCUUGAUGUUCCGAUCUAUAUCCACCCGACUGCUCCGUCUGACGUGGUUCGGGAGAAGCUUUAUGCGGAGCGACCCUACUUGAUCGGUCCCCCUUUAUCUUUUGCCAAUGGGGUAAGCCUCCAUACUUUAGGACUUAUCACCAAUGGAGUCUUCGACCGAUUCCCAAACGCGAAACUCAUCAUCGGCCACCUUGGAGAGCAUAUACCCUUUGAUUUCUGGCGUAUCAAUCACUGGUUCGAGGAUGUAAAGAAACCAUUGGCUAAAGAGGCAGGCGGCGUUAUGUGCCAGAAGACUAUUUACGACUAUUUCAAAAAGAACAUCUGGGUUACAACUGCCGGUCAUUUCUCGACCAGCACCUUGAAGUAUGUUGUCAACGAGAUUGGAGCGGACCGUGUCCUUUUCAGUGUUGACCAUCCGUAUGAGACAAUUGAAAGGGGCUGCGGCUGGUGGGACAAUGAUUCUAAAGCUAUUCAACAAGCCGUCGGCGGAAGCGAUAAUUACUGCCGCAUUGGUCGCGAAAACGCAAAAGCGCUCUUUAAAUUGGGUUCCUUCCACGAUUGCGACGAACCCGUCGUCUAG